AUGCCCUCGAUACAAUUAAAAUCAAUCAUCCCUCCACAACCUUCUACGGAAAGAAACUUCACCACUCAUCUUUCCUACAAUGAAUCUACAAAUUCCAUCGCUUACCCUUCAGGGAAAUCAGCGUUCAUUAGAUCAUUGGACCCUACAACCCCCGAUGUGAUUCAAUUCACAGGCCAUGGUUCUUCGAAUGUCACCGUGGUUAAAUUUUCUCCAAAUUCUCAAUAUAUUUGUUCAGGUGAUGAAUCAGGUAAAGCUAUUGUUUGGAGUUGGUUCAAAGAAAAUGAUGUUAUCGAAUUCAAUAUCAAAUCUGAAUUCCAAGUCCUUGCUGGUAGAAUCAACGAUAUUUCUUGGGAUUUCGAAAGUAAAAGAUUAUGUAUUGUUGGUGAAGGUCGUGAUAAAUUUGGGACGUUCAUUUCAUGGGAUUCAGGUAAUUCCCUAGGUGAAAUCUCGGGCCAUUCUCAAAAGAUUAAUGCUUGUCAUUUCAAACAAUCAAGACCAAUGAGAGCCGUUACCGUGAGUGAUGAUAGUUCUGUUGUGUUUUACGAAGGCCCACCUUUCAAAUUUUCUUCAAGUGAUAGAUCCCAUCAUGAUAAUGGGAAAUUCAUCAGAGAUGUGAAAUUCUCCCCCAAUGAAGGUGAAUUCUUCAUCUCUGUAGGUUCAGAUAGAAAGAUUGCAUGUUUCAAUGGUAAGACAGGUGAAUUUAUUAAAUUGAUUCAAGAUGAAAACGAUCCUGUACAAGGUGGGAUCUUUGCAUUAUCAUGGGUCAAUACAACUCAAUUCGUCACAGCAAGUGCAGAUGCAACAGUUAGAUUAUGGGAUGUUAAUGAAUCGAAAGUUUUACAAAAAUGGACUAGUCCAGAACCUACUUUAAAUAAUCAACAAGUUGGGGUUGUUGUUGCCAAGGAUAAUACAAUCAUUUCACUGGAAUUGGAUGGUACUUUGAAUUUCUUCCAAAUUGGUCAAGAGAGGCUUGUUAAGAAGAUUAGAGGUCAUCAAAAAGCAAUUACUUCAUUAGCAGUCUCACCAUUAAUUACAGGUUCAUAUGAUGGUAAGAUCAUGUCAUGGUCUCCUAAAACACAAUCAUUUGAUCAACAUAAUAAUUUAAUCAUUUCUAUUGAUAAUUCUAACCCGGAUGGAUUUUCCAGUGUUUCAUGGGAUGAUACUUUGAAACGUAAUGGUAAGACUCUUUAUAAUUUUGAAUCUCAACCCAAGAUUGCAGCAAGUAAUAAAGAUGGUAUAUUGGCUAUUGUCACCAUGGAUAACACAUUACUUGUUUUACAAAGUGAUACAGGUUCUAAAUUGAAUUCUCUUCAAUUGAAGGAACCUUGCUCCAGUGUUACCAUUAGUAGCAAGUUAAUUGCUGUUGGAUAUGAAUCGAGUAAAAAUGUGGAAAUCUUUAAUGCUACUGAUUUAUCAGUUAGUCAUUUAUUGAAAAAUACACCAACAAAUGUCUCUUCAUAUCUUUCAAUUUCUCCAAAUGAAAAAUUUAUUGCAGUAGGUGAUGUUAUGGGUAAGAUUAUUCUUUAUGAUAUGGAAACAAGAGAUGUCAAAACUUCAAGAUGGGCUUUCCAUACCAGUAGAAUUACAGACAUCGAUUGGUUAACUGCCGAAGAGGGAGCUGAUGAUGAUGAUGAUGAUGAUGAAGGGUUUGUGGUUACUGGUUCUUUAGACACAAAUAUAAUCAUUUAUUCAGUAAAGAGACCUAUGAAAAAUAUCAAAUAUUUAAAUGCUCACAAAGAGGGGAUCAAUUCUAUUAAAUGGGAUGGUAAAGAUACAUUUGUUAGUGUGGGGAAGGAUUCUUGUAUCAAGAAUUGGAAAGUGGAUUUUGAUUAA